GCACACACAAUAUUUGUAUCGAGCAAUAAUAGCCUCACAGCCAGAGCAGCCUGUCGCGGGAAUGCAUACUCACGAGACCCCUUCUCCGAGUGAGUCGGGCUCCGCAGAUACCGUCUACUCUCCCGAGUUGGAUCGCCCUAUCGACCCCAUCUUCAGUCAGGAAAAAGAUGCCGCCGCACAGGAGAUCGAAUACCUCUACCUCGAGCUGGAAACACCCUUACCGACACCGUUAAUCACUGCACCCCCGGGUCCCGGUCAAUCGCCCCCUCCCGAACCCCCGAGUCUCGAGAAAUAUACCUCCCCGUUCCUCUGGCCGAAAUGGCGCAAGUGGAUGAUGACUUGGAUUGCGUGCGCAGUGACCGCACUGGCUGGUUAUUCGGCAGGCGAGGUCAACCCAGCAUCGACGGAGCUGACGGCCGAGUGGGGGAUUAGUGCGGUGGUAUACAAUUUGAGCAUCACGAUUUUCUGUGUCGGUUUUGCCCUGGCCCCGAUGGUUCUGGCGCCCUUUUCGGAAAUUAAUGGUCGGCGACCCAUUUUUGUCGCAAGUGGUGUGCUUUUUACUGCGUGCAUUAUUGCUUGCGGAGGCACGCAUGUUUUCGCAGGACUUAUUAUUGCGCGACUGUUUCAGGGUGUGGGUGCAUCGACCUUUUCGACCAUGGUUGGUGGUGUGAUUAGCGACAUUUUCCAUGCCGAGGAACGCAAUACCCCUAUGGCUUUGUUCUCCGGUGCCGCGCUCUUUGGAACCGGACUGGCGCCCUUAUGCUCCAGUGCGAUCGUAGCGCACACUUCCUGGCGCUGGAUUUACUGGUCGCAUGCCAUCGUGUCAGCUUUCUUCGUGGUGGUCAUCUAUUUCUUUUUUAAAGAGACACGCGGAAGUGUUCUCUUGAGCCGCAAAGCAAAGGCUGUGAACAACUACUAUGAGCAGCUCGAGGCUGCUGGGCACUUCGGAGUCAUCAUGGGCGAGAAGAACGAGGCCAAACGGAUCAGAUGGAAAGUGAAGAGUGACGAGCAGCGCGAGUCUCUCUUGCAGAUGAUAAGCAUUUCCUGCUAUCGUCCAUUUCACAUGCUUUUCACAGAACCUGUGGUCUUCUUUUUCUCCCUCUGGGUGUCGUUCAGCUGGGCUGUUCUGUACCUGCAGUUCGGUUCCAUUCCAUUGGUUUUCAAGACCAAUCACCAUUUCACUACCGAGCAGACCGGAGCUGUCUUUGCCUCGAUGUGUGUUGGUGCCAUUAUUAUCACGAUCGUCAGUAUCCUGCAAGACAAGAUCGCCAACAAGUACGGAUUUCUCCCCAAGAAACCCGAGGCUCGACUGUACUUUGUCUGCAUUGAAUCCAUCCUGAUGCCCAUCGGACUGUUUUGGUUUGGCUGGACUUCAUACUCGUCUGUUCCAUGGAUUGUCCCGACUCUGGCAAUUGCCUGCGCUACCAUGGGAAUCUUCGCGGUCUACCUGGCCGUGUUCAACUACCUGGCGGAUACCUACCACCGGUAUGCCAGUUCUGCGAUUGCAGCUCAGUCGUGCUGCCGAAACCUGCUGGGUGGUGUUUUCCCUCUUGUCACCAAUGCCAUGUUCACCAACCUUGGAUAUCCUGGAGCAUCGAGUCUCCUUGGUGGAAUUGGCCUUCUUCUGACCCUAGUACCGUGGGUCCUUGUCUUCUACGGCGGUCGGAUCCGCGCGAAGAGCAAGCUCGCAAGUGAACUUGCGCGCUAGAAAAAAAAAGGAUGGAUGGAUGAGCGAUGAUAGAUGAUAG